UGGCUGCCUCUCAUCUAAACCUCUGCUAGAAGGAUUAAAUGAACACAAAAUACGCAGCAGAAAUCGCAGUCCCGCUUCAACACAAUACUGAUGGAUGCCAGGCCGUAGUUUGUGCAGCGCCUUCAGGAAGAUGUUGUGGCUGUCAGAGAAGGAAAAUGUAUGCGAUUUGAAGUUAACCCUUUCCAGCCCGGCAUCCACCAACAAAUGAGAAAAUGAUGCAUCAAGUGACCAGCAGCAGCAGUGACUAUUGUAUGAGUGGACUGGCAGAGGACUGUCAUCCAGCCAGCCACUUUGACUUAUGUAGCACACAAUCCAACAAAUUCUACCCCUCUCCGACAAACCCAAGUUUGCAGCUGUCUCUUGCGGGUCUAGCCCCUUUGCCACAGGGCAUGCACAAAACGAUGGCAUGCCAAAUGCAAGACACACAGAACGACUUCCAAACUCAGACAGUGAGAAUCAGGGGCAAUGAGAUUGCAGGGCCUGAUGGCUCGAAGAAGAAGAAGGGCAUAGUGAAGUCAGGGCGGAGAGGGAGACCGUCGGGGACCACAAAGUCUGCCGGUUACCGUACAAGUACUGGACGUCCACUUGGAACAACUAGGGCGGCUGGGUUCAAAACCAGUCCUGGAAGGCCCCUUGGCACCACCAAAGCAGCAGGAUAUAAGGUCAGCCCCGGCAGGCCCCCCGGCAGCAUCAAGAGUCUAGCCCGGCUCAAGAAGCUGGAGGCUGGUUGUGACAGCGCAAAGAAACUUGACUUUAGUAACUGCAGUGUUCCCAAGAAACUGGACUUCACUGCCUGUGAUGUUCCACCUUUUCCAUACACCAUGAUGGAGAAAAGAGACCUCUGUCAGCCCAGUAGCAAAGUGGAUGAAACCAGCGAAUAGUCCUGCAGCUUGCUUGAAAAACAUUUGGGUGCAUCCAACAAGAGGAUUCUGAGGCAAACAUUUCUCUGAAAUGUUUUAGGAAAUAACUAUGUCAUUUAGAAAUUGCUCUGACUGAGUUUUCACUGUACAGUGUUUGACAUUAUCUUCAUCCUCUCAUAAUAAGUGACUGAAUCAGAACUAUGUUAUCCCAUUUUGGCAGAGAUGCAUGCAUAUGAAUUAAUCACACCGAUCAGUAUAGGCAAAAAAAAAAAAAAAAAAAGUAUGUGGUUCAAACAUCACUGGAGAGUGGAUCUUUUUUCCCCUCGAGCAUUUUGUUCCUCUGAGUUGUGACAUAUUCUCUUACUCUGAUUUAACAUUUCCAU